AUGGUGCGUAAUUUUACUAGACCUGAAGAUCACAUCAUUGAAUAUUUGAAUCAUCCUGAAUGGGCUAUUAGAAAUUUGUUGUCCAGAAAACUCGACUCGCCAGAUACCUUUAACAAGAUAGCGGCAGCGGCACUGGCAUUGACUGGGUUUGAACAUGUUUCGCAAGUAGGCGAAAUAAGAGGUCAUUCUUCACUGCUGAGUGCCUUGGUCGAACGCUGGAGGCCGGAGACUCACACAUUUCAUCUUCCGGUCGGUGAAGUGACGGUGACGCUGGAAGAUGUGAGCUAUAUUCUUGGUCUCCCAAUUAAUGGGGAGGCCGUUACGGGUAGAUCAGACAGCAGUCACCAGUUUUUGGUGGACAACUGCAUCGCGUGUUUUGGACGGGAGCCCGGUCCGCAAGAUCAUGUGUUGGGGAAGGUUAAUAUUGCAUGGGUUCGGCAGUGCAGAGACACCGAGCCUUGUGACACUCAGGAGUUUGUUGAGCGGUACGUUCGGGUGCACAUUUUCUGCCUGCUUGGAACAGUUGUAUUUCUGGAUAAGUCGACCACUUCGUUGAACUCGAAGUUUCUACCGCUACUUCGGGAUUUUCACCGGGUUUCAUCAUACAGUUGGGGGCAUCCAGUCUGGUACACCUAUACAGAUCGUUGUGUCGUGCACCACGAUACAACUACAAAGAGAUGGAUGGCCCACUGA